CCGCCGGGUGCCGGCCUGCGCCCCGAACCCGAGUGGUGGCCACCUCUACCUCCCAAGCCCGCGCGGAUGUGAGAUCCUGGGCAUUGGGCGCCUCGCGAUCGCCUGCUGCGGCGCGGCUCUGCUUGGCCCGGGAGGUGACGGGCCGCCUGGCCGUGCGGCUUGUGGAUUUUUAAAAAAUUUGGCUCCGGGGAGGACCAUUUCCUCUCGACAUGCAUCCCUCUGGAUAGACUGAACAUCCCUGAGUCCACCCUCCGCCCCGCGCCGUCCGAGGCAGGCGCUGGGUGGGCGAAGAGGAUCCGGAUUGAAAUCUGUGCCCCCGGUUCUCGUCCCCGCCCCGUCCCGCUGCCCCCUCCCCCUCCGGGAGUCGAAAUUGCCCGGGGAUUAUGUUUCGGAAAGGUAGGUGAGCGCCGGGUGCGGCGCCUGCUUCUCCGCACACGGACCCGAAGAACCAGCGAGGCGGCGAGGCAGCCCCCGCGGCUUGCAGCGGAGGCGACAGCUCGUCUCCUCCCGUGGAGGUGUCGCUGGUGGUGGUGGGGAGAGACUUGCUCCAAAAACGGACGUCUCCAGCUCUCCCCCCUCCCUGUUUUCCGUUAGGAAUCCGGCGAGGAAAUACAUGCACUCGCUGAGAAUCGCCGGCGCCAGGACGCAGCGCCACAAGGUGUAGCAAGUGAGUGGGGUGGGGCAAGAGGGGACCCAGGAGUCCCCUAGGCUCCCGACGCGCCUGCUCCUGCUCUUCAAUCCUGCUCUCGGGGCGGACGGAGUGACCCCCGCCCCGACCAUGGUAGUGUUCAAUGGCCUUCUUAAGAUCAAAAUCUGCGAGGCCGUGAGCUUGAAGCCCACAGCCUGGUCGCUGCGCCAUGCGGUGGGACCCCGGCCACAGACGUUCCUUCUGGACCCCUACAUUGCCCUUAACGUGGACGACUCGCGCAUCGGCCAAACAGCCACCAAGCAGAAGACCAACAGUCCGGCCUGGCACGAUGAGUUCGUCACUGAUGUGUGCAAUGGGCGCAAGAUCGAGCUGGCUGUCUUUCACGAUGCUCCUAUCGGCUACGACGACUUCGUGGCCAACUGCACCAUCCAGUUCGAAGAGCUGCUGCAGAAUGGGAGCCGUCACUUCGAGGACUGGAUUGAUCUGGAGCCAGAAGGAAAAGUGUACGUGAUUAUCGACCUCUCAGGAUCAUCGGGUGAAGCCCCUAAAGACAAUGAAGAACGAGUGUUCAGGGAGCGGAUGCGGCCAAGGAAGCGGCAAGGGGCUGUCAGGCGCAGGGUCCACCAGGUCAAUGGCCACAAGUUCAUGGCCACCUACUUGCGGCAGCCCACCUACUGCUCCCACUGCAGAGAUUUCAUCUGGGGUGUCAUAGGAAAACAGGGAUAUCAAUGUCAAGUUUGCACUUGCGUCGUCCACAAGCGAUGUCAUGAGCUCAUUAUUACGAAGUGCGCUGGGCUAAAGAAACAGGAAACUCCUGAUGAGGUGGGCUCCCAACGGUUCAGCGUCAACAUGCCCCACAAGUUCGGGAUCCACAACUACAAGGUCCCCACGUUCUGUGACCACUGUGGCUCCCUGCUCUGGGGCCUCUUGCGGCAGGGCUUGCAGUGUAAAGUCUGCAAAAUGAAUGUUCAUCGUCGAUGUGAGACCAACGUGGCUCCCAACUGCGGGGUGGACGCCAGAGGAAUUGCCAAAGUCCUGGCUGACCUUGGCGUUACUCCAGACAAAAUUACCAACAGUGGCCAGAGGAGGAAAAAGCUCGUUGCUGGUGCUGAGUCCCCACAGCCGGCUUCUGGAAACUCUCCAUCUGAAGAUGACCGAUCCAAGUCAGCGCCCACCUCCCCUUGUGACCAGGAACUAAAAGAACUUGAAAACAACAUCCGGAAGGCCUUGUCAUUUGACAACCGAGGAGAGGAGCACCGAGGCUCGUCCUCUACUGAUGGCCAGCUGGCAAGCCCUGGCGAGAACGGCGAAGUCCGGCAAGGCCAGGCCAAGCGCUUGGGCCUGGAUGAGUUCAACUUCAUCAAGGUGUUGGGCAAAGGCAGCUUUGGCAAGGUCAUGCUGGCGGAACUCAAGGGCAAGGAUGAAGUCUAUGCUGUGAAGGUCUUAAAGAAAGACGUCAUCCUGCAGGAUGACGAUGUGGACUGCACAAUGACAGAGAAGAGGAUUUUGGCUCUGGCACGGAAACACCCUUACCUAACCCAACUCUAUUGCUGCUUCCAGACCAAGGACCGCCUUUUCUUCGUCAUGGAAUAUGUAAACGGUGGAGACCUCAUGUUCCAGAUUCAGCGGUCCCGAAAAUUCGAUGAGCCCCGUUCCCGGUUCUACGCUGCAGAGGUCACAUCUGCUCUCAUGUUCCUCCACCAACAUGGAGUCAUCUACAGGGAUUUGAAACUGGACAACAUCCUUCUAGAUGCUGAAGGUCACUGCAAGCUGGCUGACUUUGGGAUGUGCAAGGAAGGGAUUCUGAAUGGUGUGACAACUACCACCUUCUGUGGGACUCCUGACUAUAUAGCUCCAGAGAUCCUACAGGAGUUGGAAUACGGCCCCUCAGUGGACUGGUGGGCCCUGGGCGUACUGAUGUACGAGAUGAUGGCUGGGCAGCCCCCCUUUGAAGCUGACAAUGAGGAUGACUUGUUUGAAUCCAUCCUUCAUGAUGAUGUGCUCUACCCUGUCUGGCUCAGCAAGGAGGCCGUCAGCAUCCUGAAAGCAUUCAUGACCAAGAACCCGCACAAGCGCCUGGGCUGUGUGGCCGCGCAGAAUGGGGAAGACGCCAUCAAACAGCAUCCUUUCUUCAAGGAGAUUGACUGGGCGCUGCUGGAGCAGAAGAAAGUCAAGCCCCCCUUCAAGCCAAGAAUUAAAACCAAAAGAGAUGUCAAUAAUUUUGACCAAGACUUUACCCGGGAAGAGCCAGUCCUUACGCUUGUGGAUGAAGCAAUAGUGAAACAGAUCAACCAGGAAGAAUUCAAAGGCUUCUCCUAUUUUGGUGAAGACCUGAUGCCUUGAGAAAGCUGCUUCAGAUGGAGUUAGCUCACGCUGCAAGGAGGGUGUUGAGAUAAUCCCAUGUUGCAGAGGCUCAGAAGGUCCUCCUCCCCAGAGCCCCAGUCCCGUGUCCACUCUCUUAUUUAUUGCAUUCCCUCACCCCACGCCAUGUCCUUUCCCACCCUCCCAAUGACCAGAAGGCACUCUUGGGUCUAGACUCAUCAAGAUGACAGAUUUGAAUUGUGUCUGCUCUGUGGGUAGCUGUGUGCAGUGUUGGGUUUGGAGUAUCCAUCCCAGAACCCAGAAACAGCUUCAGGUCUUUUAUUACAAAGAAGAAAAAAAACCAUGAAGACUCUGGCUCUGCCACUGGACAUGGAAUCCUGACUCCUCCCUUCUCUCAUUCCUCCUGGUCCCCAGCCUGCCAUCCCUGCCUAAGAGAAGAGACCAGAGUUUCUUCCACUUGAGGGCAGGUGCCUCAAGGCAUGCCCUUGAUGGGAGGAGCCUGGGGGUACUCAGGCUGGCCAACUGUGGCAGUUUGCUCUGGAAUUGCACAUUCCUGCUUGCUUUGGUUUUAGCUUUUUUUUGAGCAUGCCAAAGUUGUGUGCGUUUGUAUCUCACGAAAGAAAUCUUUUUGAUUUUGAAAUCUUAACUUUUAAAGAAAGAAAGAGAGAGAGAGAGAGAAAGAGAGAAAGAAAGAAAGACAAAAAACUGUUACCAAGUUCACUUUCUAAUUGGCCAAAAGAUAGACACCCCAGUGUGAACACGGGUAGAUAUUAAAGGGCUAGUACACGGUGAGAAUCCAGUCGUCCAAAGUUUAUUAUUGAAGCUUUAGUGACACAUGAGGUCUAUGCAGAGAGAGCAAAGGAAACUCUGGCUUCUCAUCAUGAGAAUUCUCCCUGAGCACAAAAACCACCAGAGCAACAGCCAAGACCCCAAGGUUCCAGAAAAACUCCCAAAUUGUCUCUCCAGUUUUGUCCCAUGUUCCCAGCAUAACCUCGUAUUUUCUCUGCGCUUCUAUAAGACGGUCAUACCACGGUGUUGUGGUUUAAAACAUCCAAUAUAUGGAAUAAACUGAAAUAUCUGCUUUGGGAAUAUAAGGAACAAAACACAACCUGGGUCAAGCAGAAGGUGUGAGGAGACUGAGGAGCAACUGACCUGAGGACUGACAAGGUGCUGGGAUGUGGCCAGAGUUUUGGUGACAUGCGAUGGUAACUCACGUGGACUCUGUUUAAUAGACUGAUAUUACCUCCUGUAGCCAUGCUGACAGUGUUACAGUUUUUAUUCCCAAGGGUUUCCUGUGGCUUUGUGUAUAUGUUCCCUGAAGGUCAUUUGAUUACCUAUUUUGUUGAACUGAUUUAGCAGGGAAUGGAAUCCAUUCCAACCGUUGCACGUGGAUUUCCCAACCGCCCCUAAAUAUAUAUACUUGUGAGUGGCAAAGUGGCACAAAUGAAGCUUUUUGCCUUUUGUACAUUUGAGAUUUUUUUGUAUAUAGUGUUUGCUGCAAGGCCUGUGGAAUUAAUUCAUUGAAUAUAGAGGUAUCAACUGCUGCAUGUUCAGACAUAUUAUAAAACUUUAGUCUAUGAAAGAAUAACUAUGAUAAUGUCCAGGUGCAAUCUUCUUAUCACCUAUUGGUUCAAGUUACUGAGAGAGAGGUAUGUUUCUUUCUAGGGAGGGCUGGGGUCCUUUAUAUUUUUUAUUUCCUUUUGGGUUAAAAGUAUAACCACAUACUGAGCUCUGUUAAAGUCACACUUGGUUCUCCUGUGCAAUGUCAUGCCCUGAUAGAGAUGGCAGACAGAAAAGAAUGUUCUCGAUAGUGGUUCCCAAGCUUGGACAGUGACUAUUUUGAGCCCAUACUAAAUGUGUCCCUAUUUGCAUCUGGCUGGUCACAGCCUUUGUCUCUAAUCAUGACCUUCAGUUCUCUUCUUUGCUUUUUUUUUUUUUUUUUUUUUUUUUUUUUUAAGAAAAACUCAGGUGUAACUGUGAUCUGUUCUUAUGAUGAUUGCAAAUAUUAAAUACUAUGCUGUAUCAAUCUGUAUGUUUGGCAUACCAGGGAAGUGAUGAAGACCUUUAGGUUAAUUUUAUUUAUCUUCAGUGACUUGACAUACUGAGGGAAGACUAUCUUUUGGAGUGGAUAACAAGCACAGAGACAUCUUCAUGGUGGUAUCAUCUCAAUGUUUAGAAAAACAUGAUAAUACGCCCAUCAUACUCAGAUAUAAUCAAUCUCUGCCCCCCCAUCCUCUGCUUCCUUCACCAUUUCGAACAUUGGAUAGCCAGGGCCAUUAUCAAGUGCUUUUUGUCCCCCUCCCCAGGGUUUGGUAGUAUUCAUGUUACAGUGGGGGCUAGACCCUUCCUCAUGGCCAAUUGGCACUAUGGCUGGGAAAUCAAGCUAUACAUUCCACCAGCAACUCUAGGAAGUCUGCCCCCUGGCUUCCUUUUGGUGCCCAGAGCCCUGCUGGCUAGGAGGCAUUGACUGAAUUCAAUGCUUUGAAUCCAGUGGAGACCUACACAAGAGUGUGUUCCUUGAAAUGUAUACUGAGUCCUUUCAGCAAGACCUUAGCCAUAGGGAAUAUGGCUUGGUGGUAGAACUCUUGCCUGGCUGGUGUGAAUCCCUAUACUCCAGCCCCAGCAUCACAAAAACAGCAGUGGUAGGGAUGCCCACGCUGACACCAAGGUAUCUUGGGAUGGCCACACUGACACCAGGGUAUCUGGGAGUGGCCACACUGACACCAGGGUAUCUGGGGGUGGCCACACUGACACCAGGGUAUCUGCCAGGUCCUUAUGUUUUCCAACUCUCACUCUCUUUCUCUUAAAGAAAAAAAAUGCAAAAAAAAAAAAAAAAUACGCCAAAAACCUACAUGAAGGAUAGUAAUUCCUCCCUGCCUCUCAUUAUGGACUUUGUGAAGUAGAAACAUAUUUUUUUCCUCCAAAGGUAAAAACACCAUUUAUUCUUGCUUUAAAAAUAAAAGAAGGCUAAAAAAAAAUUACCUCUUUUUAAAUUAUGUGCAAAGUAAUUCUGGCUGAAUAGAGAUGUAUUCAAUUUUAGGGGUUUUAUUUUGUAUUGUGAAGCUUUCUUUGUACACUUCUUUUCCUUUCUGGAUGUGAUUUUAAUCCCUUGCCAUCCAUUAGUGUGAUUUCAUUGUAAACAUUAUUGUGCCAAAUGUACUGUACUCAGAAGGAUGUGAAUGUGUAUUGUUCCAGAACGUAAUAAAUAUGAUGACGUUAAAUCUUC